UUCAAAAUAAUUUAGUGAAACAAAUAUUUGUUCAUCAACAAAAUAAGUUAUAAUUUUUGGUAACAAAACAUACGUGGCUAACUAUUGUUUAAAAGUUAAACGUUUUUUUUUCAAAGGGAUUACAUGGAUUUUCUUUAUUUGCUGUAGCUGCUGCAUUAUGUAAAUAUUUAAUGGAGUAAUCUUGUAAAGCAACUAUUAGAAUGUCUCAUCAAACAGCUAGACGCGCUACAGCGCCUACAAGUUUAGAAUGUCCGUUGGCCUCGUUGGGACGUACUAGCAAUGCGGUUAUGGACUCUUUGAAUGGCCUACAUCAGCCCACCUUUCAUCAUCCCUUAAGCUCAAGUCCUCUAGAUCCUCAAGUUUAUCAAAUGUCUCGAAAAUCUCCCGAUCUUAGCAUAGAUACUGAUACGGAUAUUAUUUAUCAUACCACGUCGGUAUCGCAACAGGGAGAUACAGUCGAUGGCCUGAGAGGAGAUUUGGAGGAUACACAACAAAGUGCCAAAAAUACCACACAAGACAGGCAGCAGGUCACUGCUCAACUGUAUGAUCUCUCCCGAUCAUCGUCACAAAGUUCUCUAGAUCAGCCCCAGCCCAUACAACAUAAAGCCGCCACCUUUGAGUUGAGAGGACGACAGCAUCCCCUAAAUGGUUCCACCGUAUUGCCUACAUCUGCCUCGGUAGGCCGUACUGCUCAGCAGCAACAGAGAUCGAAUUUGUGCGUGGGCGUGAAUGCCAAUCAACAGCGUAAUUUUUUAGCCUUGGAACAUUUAAUACAAUACGGUCGUCACGAACGGGGGCCCAGUGCCUAUGUACUGCACAGUAACAGUGCCGACACUGAGGACUCAAGUGAUGCUGCUCCCGGCACCACGACCACUAGCCGUUUGACACGCCAUCAAAAUGGUCGCGGCACAGUGCCGGCGGCCGCUACAAAUGGUAAUGGUCGUAAUGCUCAAUAUUAUUUGGAGAAGAAAAUGGAUGCUUUAUAUUUGGGUAGUGCCAUACGAGGUUUGCCGUUGGGUUCCGAAGCUAGUAAUUAUCAAAGUGAACGUUAUUAUCUGGAGGAUGGUCUGCGCAGUAUGUGCGAGUUUAGUGAUGGCAAUGAGAGGUUACAAGAUCCUCAUCUGCUACAUCAUCGCGCCUCGAGUCCUAGCGAAACUAGUGGUUCCGAUCGUUAUCUCUUGAAUCGCACUAACUCACCCGCCAAUGCGUUUAGUUCAUCGAACCACAUAGACAACUUUUCCAGUUCAAAUAACAACACCUCCUCAUCGUCGAAUUUGGCCUUGGACCAGCGCUAUCAUCACAGCAAAGUGAAAAGUUUAUCCGAUGGUUUGUGUAAUUUAGGCAGAUUUUCACCUAGUCUAGAUCAGGGUUAUGCCACCUUGGUGUCACCCUCACCCACUGGCCAUCAUCCGAACACCAUAACAACACACAGUAUAGUACAUCAUCCACCGCCGGCUGCCAUGUCGGCAGCGGCGGCCAUAGCCCGGAGACACGUGGAAACCGGACCACCCCCAUGGUCUAAGAAAGGACCAUUCAGAUCGGGUCCUCUAUUUGACCGCCUGCCAGAUGAGGCAAUUUUGAAAGUCUUCCAAUGGUUCGAUAGUUGUGAAUUGUGCAGUUUGGCGCGGGUUUGUCGGAGAUUUGAACAGUUGGCCUGGCGUCCGGUAUUGUGGAAAGUUAUUACCUUGAAAGGGGAACACUUGAACGGUGACAAAGCUUUGAAAAUGAUUUUUCGCCAGUUGUGUGGUCAGACACGUAAUGGCUCGUGUCCGGAUGUGGAGAGAGUUAUGCUGGCCGAUGGCUGUCGUAUAUCGGAUAAGGGACUACAGCUACUGACCCGACGAUGUCCGGAAUUGACACACUUACAGCUGCAAACAUGUGUUAAUGUCUCAAAUCAGGCUCUAGUAGAUGUUUUGACAAAAUGCACUAAUGUUCAACAUUUGGAUGUAACGGGUUGCACGCAAAUUAAUACCAUAACACCGAAUCCAAAUUUGGAACCACCCAGAAGACUUUUAUUACAAUAUUUAGAUUUAACCGAUUGUACAGCUUUAGAUGAUGUGGGUCUAAAAAUUGUGGUUAAAAAUUGUCCUCAAUUGGUGUAUCUUUAUUUAAGGCGCUGCAUACAAAUCACUGAUGCAGGCUUAAAAUUUGUGCCAAGUUUUUGCAUAGCUCUUAAAGAGCUUAGCGUUUCCGAUUGCCUCAACAUUACCGAUUUCGGCCUCUACGAAUUGGCCAAACUAGGCGCAGCAUUACGCUAUCUCUCUGUAGCCAAAUGUGACAGGGUAUCUGAUGCGGGUCUAAAAGUAAUUGCAAGACGUUGCUAUAAAUUACGCUACCUAAAUGCUCGGGGUUGUGAAGCGGUUAGUGAUGAUUCCAUAACAGUACUGGCACGUUCAUGUCCUCGCUUGAGAGCUCUCGAUAUUGGCAAGUGUGAUGUGAGUGAUGCUGGCCUAAGGGCUUUGGCCGAAAGUUGUCCGAAUUUAAAGAAAUUAAGUUUACGAAAUUGUGAUAUGAUUACCGAUCGUGGCGUCCAAUGUAUUGCGUACUAUUGUCGCGGUCUGCAGCAAUUGAAUAUACAAGAUUGUCAGAUAUCCAUUGAAGGCUAUAGAGCUGUUAAGAAAUAUUGUAAAAGAUGUAUUAUCGAGCAUACAAAUCCAGGAUUUUGUUAA